AUGUCCCUCCGAAAUCCCCUCCUCACACGCCGCUGGGCCUCUCAACCUGCCAACCUCACUUUCACCCCUUCCCAAAUCCUGCGAACAAAGCUUACCACCACUCGACCAUUCUCGCUCCAAACAGCAACAACAAAGCAACUCCUCUCCUCUUCAGCCCGAAACAAUACUCGCCCUUCCUCCGUCUCACCCUGGAGAAUCAGAAUCUCCCAAUCCCAAUCCACUACUGCCACAUUCCAGCGCUUUUUCAACUCCACGCGCCCCAAAUUCUCCUCCUCCUCCUCUUCAACAAAACAAUCUGCGCAAUCCCUCUCGCAACGCCUAAAAGCCCUCUCGCGCGAAUAUGGUUGGUCGGCGCUCUGGAUCUACCUUUUCCUGUCUGCGCUGGACUUCCCCUUCUGUUUCGCGGCCGUGCGGUUCCUCGGCGCCGAGACCGUCGGACACUACGAGCAUGUUGUUGUAGAGUCUGUGAAGAGCGCUGUGGCCAAGGUGUGGCCUGGACUUGUUUCUCCAGAGGAGGAAGAAAAGGCCGAGGGCGAGGGAGAGGUUGCCAAGGGUGGUGAGGAAGCUAGUCUUUGGACCCAGCUUGCGCUCGCAUAUGCAAUCCACAAGAGCUUCAUUUUUGUCCGUGUGCCCUUGACAGCGGCCAUUACGCCUAAAGUUGUCAAGAUCCUUAGACAAUGGGGAUGGGACAUUGCCAAGGGCAAGCCUAAGGGUAUGUAA